AUGGGUCUCUCCAAAUUGUAUUCUGUUGGUCCAAGAAGUGGAGCUGACCCAAUGCUGCAGGCAAGGGCGUUGGAUGAGAAGAUAGAUAGGCAGUGGUGGAUGGGCAGCGAUGCGGCACAGAACCCCACAUCCUUUGCUGAAAUUGAGCGGAACCAACAGUCUGGAUUACUAUCAGUCGUUGGCCUGGAUCUGCCCCCUGGACUCGUCAAGCAGGUGGUGGAUGGUCUCAUGGGGUGGUCCAGCGAUCCUGACCAGUGCCAGCGCACGGCCGCUGCCUUAGGCUACGUCGCACACAUGGUUCAUCUGCUUGGGCUAUACCUCGAUGUACCACCCAGGUUUCCAAUCUACCCCAAAGGCUCAAGGUCUCUCAUCUACAACUGUGCACCCGCAGAGGAUCACAUGGAUGUGCAAGGCAACGGCUGGCUCACAAGUGGACCCUGGAGGAAAAGCCCAACCUCCCCAGGGCGCCCGGUUGCACCAGAAGUAUUCCCCCUGUACUACCAGGGCACUGACAGGUCCCGCUUCGCGUACGCCAUAUAUCUGCUGGACAAGGACAUCGAGCAGCUGCUGAACGCGCACGGAAUCAAGCCCACUGGGCCCAGCUACGUGCUGCAGAGCUUUUACAGCCUGGUGGCGGCGGCUUCUUCUGCCCUGUCGAAUCCCGGCCUGUGGCCCUCCUGCCAGCGACGCUCGUGA